CUCAAUAUCAUCAUUUUUUUUGUAUAUUAACAGAUAUCAAUAUAAUGAAUAUUUUACAUAGAAAUUGUCUUUUAUUGGUAUUUUUGUUGCAAUGCGCAAUAAAAUGUUCAACGUUUGGCGGAAUGAAUAAAGGGAACAAACACAGACACAAAGAACAGCUUGCAUAUAUGAAAUGCCCUCAUUUGAGAAAGAAGAUAGAUCGCGAAUGUCCUUACUCAACAAGGUAUUUGAAAGCAGAUGGGUCAUGUAACAAUCAUGUCAAUGCUGAUGCCGGAUCUACAUUUGUUCCACUUAGAAGAUUACUACCGGCACAAUAUGGCGACGGAAUUCAGUCUGUAAAAUUAGCUCAAGAUGGUGAAGCACUUCCUAACGCAAGAUGGAUAUCUAACGUUGUUAAAGAAUCUGGAGUCUCCGAAGUGAAUUCGAACGUAUUCAGUCACAUGUUUGUACAAAUGGGACAAUAUUUAGCACACGAUGCUGUUCUAACACCACAAGAAAAGGAAGAGGACAAGAGUGACAUAACCUGCGAUUGUGACAGCACAAGACCUGAAUGUCAUAAGAUACCAGUACCAGAAGACGACAUUUUUUAUUCGGGCAAACGAUCUUGUAUCCCAUUGGUACGUUCGGCGGCAGUUCCCGGUACUUCAUGCAAAGAUAAACCUCGGGAACAAUUCAACUCAAUCACAGCGUACUGGGACGGGAAUACAGUGUACGGUAGUGAUGAGACUCUUAUGAGUGCCUUACGAGAUUCAACAUCAGAAAGCGGAGAAUUAAACGUGAGAAUAGAAGACGGAGAUAUGAGAACACCUAAAACAGAUUCGCUUCCCUUUAUUAGUCAAGUUGAUCCAGAUAAAAAGUUUACGUUUGCUUGUCCCGAGCAUUUGCACAAAAAUAAAGAAACUUGUUUUGCUGGGGGUGAAGCUAGAAUUAACGAAAACCAAGGUUUAAUAUCGAUGCACACGUUAUUUGCAAGAGAGCACAACAGGAUAGCUCGAAAAUUAAAAUCUAUUAAUCCGAGUUGGACGUCCAACGAAACAUUUUGGGAAACUAGACGAAUCAUUGCUGCAAUAUCACAACAUAUAACAUACAGUGAAUUCGUUCCCGCGCUUGUGGGAGAACAAAGCUCAAGAAGAUACGAUUUAGAAGCUUUAAAAUAUGGAAACUAUUAUGGAUAUGACGCCACGUAUGAUGCGUCUAUAUCAAACGUUUGGGCGACAGCCGCUUUCAGGUACGGCCACAGUAUGGUAAAAGAGAUGACAAGUCAUUUAAAUUCGGAAUACAAAGAUGAAAUUGCCGCCGCACCAAUGCACGAAAUGUUGUUCAAUCCUUCUCCAUUACAUAAUGUGUCUGCGCACCGGGAUGCUCUAAUAAUAAGGGGACUUCUUGAGGAUUCUGCGGAAAAUGCUGAUAUUUUUAUGAAUGAGGAAUUAAGAAGUAAAAUGUUUUUGUCUGAGACAAAGAUUGGUGUCGAUUUGUUUGCGAUAAAUGUUGAGAGAGGGAGAUUACACGGUCUUCCUGGUUACAAUGAUUGGCGAAGCUUCUGUGGUUUGAAUCGAUUCAUUUCAUUUGAUGAUUUUUCGCCCGAUAUUCCAAGAGAAAAAAUGGAAAUUUUAUCGAAAUUAUACAAAAAUGUAAACGACAUCGAUCUUUUUGUUGGUGGUUUGGCUGAAACUCCUCUCGAAAAUGCAGCUGUCGGACCAACUUUCUCUUGUUUAAAUGCCGAACAAUUUCGCGCAAUGAAAAAAGGGGACAAAUCGUGGUACGAAAACCCAGGAAGUUUUUCUUAUGAACAACUACAAGAAAUCAGGAAAGUUUCUCUGUCUACACUUAUUUGCAAAAAUGUUUUUGGUAUGAGAACGAUACAACCGAGAGCCAUGUAUCUUCCUUCCGUGUCUGGAAACGAACGAAUUUCAUGCGAUGAUAUCCCGGAAAUAGAUUUUCACGCAUGGAGGAUGAUAGAAAAACCCGAAGCCACCGGAAUUCUUACUCGCUGGUUUCCAAAAUCUGUGGACGAAACGGGACAACAAGUUUUGCAAAGAGAACUCACUCGACAUGGGGAUCAGAUUUGUACCGGAGCUACAGAUUAUAAAAAACAAUCGUUCAAGAAUCACGGAAAGGUUCAAGAAAGAAUUCGAUUUUCUUGUCCUCAUGGCUCUAUCGUCGCAUCCGAUUUUCCUAAUUCAGUGAAAGAUCACUCUUGGACACAAUGGUUUGAUAGAGACAGUCCGUCCGCUGCAAACGGUGAUGACGUAGAAUCACUUGGUCGUCUGCUUCUUGAGCUUCCACAAGAAAUAUGCAGACAGCCUAUUUCCAUGCAAGCCAGAACAGUAUCAAUGACAAUGGGUCUCGAAACAGAAGAAACAUUAGAAUACUUUGGACCUCAACAUGGACUUGUAUGCAAAGCACGUCAUCAGCCAAACAACAAAGGAUGCUCAGACUAUUCCAUUCGAUUUCUUUGCCCCAAUGAAUUUUUCGAAGCAAAACAGGAAUACAUCAGAAGACUAAUUGCAACACCAGGAGUAAUAUGGACGGAUUGGAUAAAUUUUGACGACGAAGAUGGUAAAGGAGAUUUCGAAUCUCCCGCGCUUUCCAGAUUUCUUGGAAAACACGUUUGCAGACGACCUCUUCUAAUUGAUGGUAGAAUCGCCGGAACCAAUAUUUCGGUCAGAGAUACAAACGACGUCAUGAAAAGAUUGAGUCCUAUUUUUGGUUUGCAAUGUCUGAACGCAGACCAGGAACGUGGAAAAUGCCAUAAUUACGAAGUUCGGUAUUUAUGUCACAAAAAGUAGAUACACAUCCAUUUUAUUGAUUGUUCAAGUUUCACGUUUAUAUUUAUUUAGCUUGGAAUAGAAUUUUCAUAAAUAAUCACCGGGAGGUAACUAUUCUAACGAUGCGAAUUCUAACGAACUGUUCUAGUAAUAUAAUGUUGAAUGUUUGUGGUUUUGGUAGCAUAUUAAUUUGAUUGUGUUAAAUUCCCAGAUUUGCCAUUGUUUUUGCUUCCUUUGAUUUUAAUAAUUGUGUUAUUUUACAUUUUUAAACGGCGCUAUGUCAACAGCCUAACUUUAUGAUAGAUGAAUAGGUUAAAGCACUUUGAUUGCUAUUUUAUUUUUUAAUUUAUUUUAUAUCUUUUAUUAUUUCAAAUAAAAACCGUACAAAUGAAAAUGAA